AGCCGAAGAUGUCGGCUCGGUCAUGUGAUCAGCUGUGUCCAAUCAAAGCUGAUCGCAUGGAACAGGUACACUGAUCAUCAGGGCACUGAUGAUCAGUGUGCCCUGAUGAUCAGUGUAGCCCCAGCAGUGCCACUUGUCAGUGCCCAUCAAUGCCUGCUGUCAGUGCUCAUUAAUGCCACCUGCCAGUGCCCAUCAGUGCCUCAUCAAUGUCACAUAUUAGUGCCUACCAGUGCACAUCAAUGCCACAUAUUAGUGCCCAUCUGAGCUGCCUUUCAGUGUCACCUAUCAGUGCCAGUCAGUGCCACCUAUCAAUACC